AUGGCCGACCCUGCCAGCCUUCCCAACCCGGCCAUGGAGAAUGAGUCGUCGGAUUACAACUACCUGUCGGACUUGUCAGAUCUCUCAGACCUGAGCUCGCCUCCUGCCUCCCCGCCGCCAGCGACGAAGUUCUAUCCCUCGCCGCCGCCCACGCAGGACGAGCACCAGCAGCACCAGCAGCAGAAGCGCGCCCGAGCUUCGUCGAGCCAAGACGAGCCCGCCAAGAAACGACGCCGCGUGGGCCCACCGCCGCGUUCGACGCAACUUCUGGACUUGACCGAUCCGGAAAGGCUUCCCUACGGGGACCAACGCGCGCAGAUCAACCUCCUCACCAAAACCCUAAGAUCCCACCGCAAGAUCGUCGUGAUAGCAGGCGCCGGCAUUUCCACCUCCGCCGGCAUCCCCGACUUUCGCUCGGCAGACGGCCUCUUCAAAUCCGUUCAGAAGAAACACAACCUGAAAGCAUCGGGAAAACUGCUCUUUGAUGCCGCCGUCUACCGCGAUGAGUCCCUCACUGCUUCUUUCCAUGAAAUGGUCCGGACGCUUUCCAAGGAGGCUGCCGCUUCCAACCCGACCGCCUUCCAUCACAUGCUAGCUAGAAUGGCCCAUGACAAUCGGUUAUCGCGUCUUUACACACAAAACAUCGACUGCAUCGAUUCGUCACUGCCGCCUCUUUUGACUCAGGUGCCCUUGCCUCCAAAAGCUCCCUGGCCGCGCUGUAUCCAGCUCCAUGGCAGUCUUGACAAAAUGGUUUGUCAAAAGUGUCGCCAUCUUGCCGAGUUAGAUAGAAACCUGUUUGAUGGUCCUGAAGCCCCUGCGUGCCCUGCUUGCACUGAGACCGAUGACCUGCGUACCACGAUCGGUCAGCGCAGUCAUGGUGUAGGCAAAAUGCGCCCCCGUAUCGUCUUGUACAAUGAACACAACCCCGAUGAGGAAGCCAUUGCUGCCGUCAUGAACUCGGACAUUCGUUCCCGUCCCGAUGCUGUGGUGGUCGUUGGAACCAGCUUAAAGAUCCCCGGCGUGCGACGACUUGUCAAGAGCUUAUGCAAAGUUGUCCGCAGCCGACGCAAUGGUGUAGCGAUGUGGAUCAACAACGAGCCUCCUGUUGGCAAAGAGUUCGAAGAUUGUUGGGAUCUAGUUGUCAAAGGCAAUUGCGAGGAAGUUGCACGGCUAGUCGGACUACAGAAGUGGGAUGACAACACGCCUCAGGUCUUCGAUGAAUGCAAUGAGCUUGAUUAUGAACGAGCGAAGAAGGAACAGCCUAUAUCCGUUGUAGUGCAUCACACUCCCAAGAAAUCCAGAGUCAUUAAUGCCGGUGUUCUUACUCCGACGUCCAACUGUGACGAGAGCGGGACAGAGCUUCCACACAAGCAGCCUAAACAACAGUUACUUGCUAAUCCAGCCAGCAAGGGAAAGAGUCUGAUGAAUGUGCUAUCUGCGAACAAGUCCAACAAUACAAAGAAAUCCACGAACAAGAAACCUGCCGCCAAGGCCUCCAAGAAGACGCAAGCCACCAAAGCGCAGUCAGCAAAGAUUACCAAUUUCAGUAAGGUCACCAAAGGUCCGAGGGCAUCUGGGUUGGCGAAACAAAUCAAGGUUGAAAAAGGUGAUAUUUCACACAAGGCCAUGAAAACUGUUCCUGCAAAUGUAUCGCGUCCUAUGUUCCCCAACCUUGUCAACAAAUACUCUGAAGUCAGUAACCAAUCGGAGACCAUAUCUCCAAAGGGCAUACCGAAAGGGCUGGGAAAUAUUAUUGAUUGA